AUGCUUCAGGCAAUGGCUUCAGCAGUGAACGUUUGCAGUGUGAAUGUGCUGGACAAUCCGGGCCAGUUCGGUGACCCGUUCAAGCUGGAGAUCACAUUCGAGUGCUACGAACCGCUCGCCGAUGAUUUGGACUGGGAAUUGGUGUACGUUGGUUCGGCCGAGUCCAAUGCUUACGACCAGGUGCUUGAUUCAGUGCUCGUUGGCCCGGUUGGCGAAGGACGCCAUAAAUUCGUUUUCGAGGCUGAUGGUCCAGACCCGUCCAAAAUUCCCGAAAGUGAGAUUGUCGGUGUUACAGUACUGCUGCUAAAAUGCAGAUACAUGGAGCAGGAGUUCAUCAAUAUUGGAUGGUUUGUUGCUACAGAAUACACGACGCCCGAGCUCCAGGAGGAGCCUCCUGCAACUCCUCUUUUGGAUAAACUGCAACGAACGGUGUGCACAGACGAUGUUCGCGUGACUACUUUUGCAAUUAAGUGGCGCAAAGGCGAAGAAAACAUAGUUGAUGGUGAAGUGAUGGAGGGGGAAAACGAAGACAGCGUUGAGGUCUGUGGAAGCAAUGAUCAACUGAAAGAUGAGAAGAAUAAUUUGGGAGCCGCAGGCGAUGCACAAGAUGGAGUGGAAGAAGGCGAAGCGGUUGUUGGUGAAUUGGCGCGGGAUAGUCCAAACAAAAAUGUUUCCAGUGGUCAGCCGCUGUUGGAUGUUACGAAUGAUUCAGUUCCUGAUUUGGUUGAUUGA